UUCUACUUCUUUUCCUACAAUUUUCAAUGUUAAUAGUCUUUUCCAUUUUCAUCAUUUGAUUUCGGUAAGUUGUAUACAAACUAAUAUAUAAACGGUAAUACGACGAGAUGGCGCUAUUUUUGGUGAUAUUUAGACCUACGGUGUAUGUUGUGGAGUGUAAAACUAACUAAAGUUAUUCUCAUAAAGAUAUGAUACACUAAUAACUAAUAAAAUCAACAAUGUUGAAACUAUUCAACUCUAGUAAAAAUGUGUACCGUACGGUUUGCAAAACGGUGGCAGAAAAGCGAUCUUUUCUGUCCGAAGCAUACCGGUGUGAAGAAGCAUGGAAAGCACGUCUACAGUCUCCAUUGUUACAAAAAGUUAACCCAGAAAAUUUGUUUUUGCGUUUGGAACAACAGUACACCUCAAAAGGAAAAAUUAGCGCAGUUGACAUUGAUAUAUUUGCGAAUUCUGUAGUAGAGAAAUAUCAGAGCGAGGAACUGCUGUAUCUACUUCACAAGUUAAGGUUAACUGUUGAAACAACAAACACUUUAGAUUCAACACACCAUGCAGUUAUAAGAUACUUGUUAGGUCAUGAUUGUACAGAUGAGCUUAUAACUGUUUUACAUGACAGACUUAAUUAUGGUAUUUUUCCUGAUCAUGUAUUAUAUAAUAUACUCAUGGACACAUAUAUAAAGAAACAAGAUUAUGCCAGUGCAGCUAAGAUUGCUGUUUUACCGAUGCUUCAAGAAGACACUGAGAAUCCAAUAACCAAUGCAUUUUCUGUAUAUAGUUGUCACAAAUAUCUAGAGAAUCCUGAUAUUUGGAAAAAACCGGAACCACCAAAGGAUGAUUCUACGGAAGAGGUGAAAGUUCGAGUAGGUUAUCUCAGAAAUCCUUACUUUGAUGAUCACUUUGAUCUUACAGAUCCACGUGAUUUAGUAGGAAAAACAUUAGCUUUUCAAGGAAAAGCCAUGGAUAAUGCAUUAGGAAGAACUUGUCGUUUAAGAGGUUUAAUAUUAUAUAAAAAAUAUCAGGAUGCAUUGAAAUUUAUAAAACAAUUACAAACUGAAAUUGAGGAUGAUGUUGUUUAUAAUGAAGUUUUUAAUCUAAUUGAAAAAGAUAAUGCACAUAUACCCAAAGAAGAAAUACCAAAUGAGUUAGAGACUUUAAUGUCUGAACUUAAUACAUUAAAAGAAAAAAAAUUAUGUGAAAAUAAUUUAACUGAAACAUUGGAAAAUAACAUUAAAUCUGCAGUUAACACACAAGCUGAAAUUGAUAUGAAUGAACAGUUAAAGAAAUAUCCUGAAUGGGAAAAACAGAGGGAAACAGUAUUAAACAAACAGCAGGAAGAAAUAAAUCGACUGGCUAGGAUACAACAUAUUGAUGAAUUAAAGAAAGAUUUACAAGAACGAGAAACUUUCCUAACUUUCUUUGAAAGACAAAAUGAAAUAGAUCUAAAAAUAGAAGAACUUACUCUUAAAGAUAGGGAAGAAAAGCUGCGUGUUCGUAGAAUACCUCAUUCUGCAAGGAAACUAAGAAAUUUAAAACAAACAGCAGAAUAUGUACCACCUACCGUUUAAGUCAGAAAAAUCAAUAUAUAAUAUAAUUGUAAAUAACAGAUAAAAAUUUGUAAUUUAGAAAUAUAUAAUAAAUCAUA